UCCGGUAUUUCCGUCACCAUGUCAGAAUACCGGGCCGGCCGCUCGGCUCUUCUCUGCAGCAGGACCUUACCUGUUCCUCGGUCCAGUGCUGUACAGUCUUCUCGCGCCAGCAUUUCUAGUCUCUGCUCGCGCAUGCGCAGUGGGCACCCGGCUGUCUCCUGUACUAUCUGCAGUCUCUGGUCAUCUGUACUGUCUGCAGUCUCUGGUCAUCCCCUGUACUAUGUACGCAGUCUCUGGUCAUCUCCUGUACUGUGUCCGCAGUCUCUGGUCAUCUCCUGUACUACGUCCGCAGUCUCUGGUCAUCUCCUGUACUGUGUCUGCAGUCUCUGGUCAUCUCCUGUACUAUGUCCGCAGUCUCUGGUCAUCUCCUGUACUGUGUCUGCAGUCUCUGGUCAUCUCCUGUACUGUCCCCCUUUGUAAUGUACAGCGCUAAGCGAAACCAUUGG